AUGAAAUCCGUACUCAUUCUACUAUCCCCCCUAUGCCUUUCUACCAUCUUACACGCAUCCCCAAUAUCUACGCCCAACCCCAACCCCCCGACAGUGUAUCUCAUCCGUCAUGGCGAGAAACCGCCAGAUCCUGAGGACAGUGGACUAAAUGCCGAUGGGUUCAAACGCGCCGAGUGCCUCCGGGAAGUAUUCGGCGUGGGGUCACCUUAUGAAAUAGGCCAUGUGAUGGCACCCAAGAUCAAUAAGCGAGGCCAGCAUAGGCGUUCCUAUGAGACCGUCCUUCCCGUCGCACGGGACCUUGGCCUCUCCGUUGAUACAUCCUGCAAGCGCAAUCACGUUAAGUGUGUGGCGAAACGGAUCAAAGAGUUCGAAGGAACAGGGAAUAUUUUGAUCUCCUGGCGCCAUGGUAAGAUGAGGCAGAUUGUCCAGGAGCUGGGGUAUGAGGACCCUCCUGAAUAUCCUGAUGAUCGGUUCGAUUUGAUCUGGACGAUUCCAUUUCCUUAUGAUAAUAUCACUGAGAUCCAAAGCGAAGAAUGUCCGGAAUUGGAUGUGCCAGUGCCAGCACUACUGAAAGUGCAAGAGUAA